AUGAUUGGUGAUCAAUCUAUCCAACUGCCGAUAUGAGAGCGUGCGUAGGGCUGCCCAGCAGUACGGCCUGCGAGAGGGAGGGGAAAACGAUGACUGGACUCUGUACUGGACUGACUUCUCGGUGUCGCUGGAGCGGGUGAUGGAAAUGAAAAGCUACCAGAAAAUCAAUCACUUCCCAGGGAUGAGUGAAAUCUGUCGCAAGGACUUGCUGGCCAGGAAUAUGAGCCGCAUGUUAAAGUUGUUCCCUAAAGAUUUCCACUUUUUCCCUCGGACCUGGUGUCUUCCUGCUGACUGGGGAGAUUUGCAGAACUACAGCAGGUCAAGAAAAAAUAAGACAUACAUUUGUAAGCCGGAUUCGGGCUGCCAAGGGCGAGGUAUAUUCAUCACCCGGACGGUGAAGGAAAUCAAACCAGAGGAGGACAUGAUCUGUCAGCUCUAUAUUUCAAAGCCCUUUGUCAUCGAUGGGUUCAAGUUCGACCUGCGAAUUUAUGUGCUGAUGACAUCCUGUGACCCUCUCAGGAUUUUUACAUAUAACGAAGGACUGGCCCGCUUCGCCACCACCUCCUACUCUCACCCUUGCACAGACAACCUCGAUGAUAUCUGCAUGCACCUGACUAAUUAUUCCAUCAAUAAGCACAGCUCCAAUUUCAUUCAAGACGCUUACUCUGGCAGCAAGAGGAAGCUCUCCACCUUCAACAAGUACAUGGCGAGCCAAGGCUACAAUGUGGAGCAGAUAUGGAGAGAUAUCGAGGAUGUCAUCAUCAAGACAAUCAUCUCGGCCUACCCCAUCAUCAAGCACAACUACCACACCUGCUUCCCCAACCACACACUCAACAGCGCCUGCUUUGAAAUCCUGGGCUUCGAUAUAUUGUUGGACCGCAAACUCAAGCCCUGGCUGCUGGAGGUCAACCACUCUCCGAGCUUCUCCACUGACUCCUGCUUGGAUAAAGAGGUGAAGGACAGUCUGCUGUACGACACCUUGGUCCUGAUCAACCUGGGAAGCUGUGACAAAAAGAAGGUCUUGGAGGAGGAGAGACAGCGGGGGCGGUUCCUGCAGCAGUGUCGUUCUCGCGAGACCAGGAUCGAGGAAGUCAAGGGUUUUCAGGCCUUGCGUCUAGAGAAAACUGAGAAGUAUGAAAAUGAAAACCGCGGAGGGUUCCGCCUGAUUUAUCCCAGUCCGAAUUCGGAGAAGUAUGAGAAGUUUUUCCAGGACAACAACUCCCUCUUCCAGAAUACUGUGGCCUCCAGGGCCCGAGAGCUGUACGCCCGGCAGCUGAUCCAGGAGCUGAGACUAAAACAGGAGAAAAAAUCCUUCCAAGCGAAAGAGAAGAAGGUAGAGAUGCAGGGGGAAUUGGCAGGCGAACAAGCAAGAGGCAAGGGCUGGAAAAGCUGGCAACAGACGCAACGGCAGACAUACAAGGCCCCUGCCACCCACGCCUCCAAACAAUCCCUCCAGCCAUUGGCAUUACUGUCCUGCACGCCUGACAUGCUCUUGAAUGUCAGAGAUGCGAGGAGAAAUGAGACAGACAGCAGCCUUGACCAGGGGGCCACCAAGAAGGAGGAUGGCCCUGUUCCUCUCAAGCCUAGGUCUGCACGACAUUCUUCCUCUGUGCCUGACAUCAGGAAUUCAAGAUUUCGCAGCAGCUCUGGGCUGGAGCUCAGUAAACCCAGCUCCAGAAUCAAGGAAGCCAAGUCUGCCUCUGCAGUGAACGUAUUCACUGGCACUCCGCCCUUAACUUCAGCAGAAACCUCGGAAUUUACCACUCAGGUCUCAGAUUCCCCUGAGUCUCUGCUGAGCACCAUCAUGAUGACCAGCUCCGAAAGCAGUAGCCCAGAGAUGGGCAGGGUGGCCUCCUUGAAAUGCAAGAAACAGCAGAUCCCCCAGCACCUCCUCCAGGAGAAAAUAUCAAUAAUUUCUCUGCCUACAAAAUCCCAGUGCUUCUUGGGGAAUCCGAACCCAAGAAAGGCUUUAAUAAAGAAAAACCUGAAGAAGCAGCAUCUGAUGUCAGAGCUCUUCACCAAGGUUCAACUGAGGAAGAAGUUCUCGUUCCCAGCUCUCUACGACACAAAGCUGGUGUUAAGUAACCAGUCACGCUAUUCCUCGCCACCCCAGGAGUGCUGCUUCUGCAGCCAAAGCUCUGGUGAGAAGAGGCCGCUAGAUGUGUCCUCCCUCCUCCUCUUGAAGCGUUCUCACAGCCAUGAGGUUUCUGUGAGGGAUCUCCUGGUGGUGGCCACUUCAGCCCGACUGGAUCCAAGGCCUGGCAGAAGCCAUACAGGUGCUAUGAGGGACCCGUGUAUACAGGAUCGGGGAGCGUACAGUCACUGCCUGAUCACUGGCCGAAAACGAUGUGAGAGGAAAUAGAAUCAAACUGGAUCUGUGCCAUUCUUCCCCUCCCCCUCCCCCCUUUUACUUUUUAUUCCCAGGAAAUAAUUUAUCUCACCUUACAGUGUUUACAAUGCCCAUAGGAUCAAAUGAGGGUUUUUUCUCCUCUUCUAGAUAUGCUGGUCUUAUAGCUACCUCCCAUUAACACCACUGAGGCCAGCAU